CUCACUUCACAGUUCACGUUCACAGCGAGCUUCGUCGAAAUUUACAAUGAGACCCUGAGGGACCUUGUGUUCACCGGCAAGUCCAGCAAGAGACCUGAGCAUGAGAUCCGCAAGACAGCCAGCAACGAAUUGACAAUCACUAAUCUCACCUAUGAGCGGGUCUCCAAUGAGGAUCAGGUUCUCCGUCUGAUUGCUUUGGCCAAUCAGAAUCGCUCCACUGCCCAGACAGCCCAGAAUGACCGCUCGUCUCGCUCCCACUCAGUCUUCCAGCUGGAUAUUGAGGGAGUUAAUGCCGGCAGGGAUGUCAAGUGCAAAUCCACUCUGUGCCUGGUGGACUUGGCUGGCAGUGAGCGAAUGGUGAAGAGCCAGUCUCAGGGUGACCGUUUCAAAGAGAUGACCGCCAUCAACAGCUCACUGUCCAACCUGGGCGUCGUUAUCGCCGCUCUGGCCAAAAAGGAGACUUACGUAGCUUACAGGAACUCGAAGCUCACGUACCUCCUUCAGGGAUGUUUGGGGGGGAAACGGCAAAACCUUGAUGUUUGUUAACAUUGCUCCGGAGCCCGACAGCUUUGGGGAAACUCUGAACUCAUUGAGGUUUGCCAGCAAGGUCAGUGCAGUCUUGUUUCCAGUGUUCAUUGGACAGAGUACAUUAAUGAUGUCCUUACAUCAGCUGUUUAUGGUAAACCAAAGCCAUACUCCAUAUCCAUUUUAAUACCUUGGUGUGUAAUUCAUACUCACAUUUUGUCUGAAGAGUAGGGAUGUUCCUGGCGUCUUAUUUACUAGUCGACUAAUCGAGGGGGAAAUAAUUAGACUAACCAACUAAUGUAAAACUAAGGAACAUUCAGAUAUUGAGUUGAUUUUCAGAACUGAUUAAUAGAAACUGUCAAACUAGACGCAGAGGUAUCUUAAACCAUUUAUCACAUUCUGUUAAAUACAAAUGAAAAUGCAUUACUACAAAAGAUGUUCUAUUAAAAUAUGACAAUCAUUUGAGAAUCUAAAAGUACGUCUAAGUGUGGCGAGAAUGAUUCAGGUAAUACAUUAUACAGCUGUUUUCUAGUCAGGUUGUGGGGGCAGCAGGAAGGACUACUCCUGACCACAGCUGAUAGAUGUAAACUGGCUAGCAUGACCAAGGAUGCUGGGGCCUCCUACUGGUAGGACGUGCCCAGCUGGAACAGCCUCCUGGCCAAGGUGGCUGUCACCUUUUGAUGUGAAGGAGUAGUGACUCUACUCUGAGCCCCUCCCCCAUUGACUUAACUGCUCUCCUAAAGGAGAGGUUUUCCACCUCUCAGGAAACUAAUUUCCUCUGCGUGUAUCUGCGAUCUCAGUGUUAACAAGAAGAUCAGGGUAGAUUAAUAGAUUUAUGGCGUUUCUCAACAACAGUGCACCAUCUGGUGGUAGAUCGCUGCCUAACAUUUAGAACACAAUGUACCAGCAUUGGGCAUCAAUUAAAAUGUUAACAAUUAGAUUGAACGACUGGUAAGUCUGAUACAGACUAGUGACAAUUAGUCGACUAGUCACAUAAAUCCCUGAUAGAGCCCACAGAAGUGGCCUGCACCAUGUGCGUGGCUUGCUUUGCAGUUUAACCACCAAAACACUCGUCUGCAGUGGAAUUUCUUUGAGCUAAUCGAUUCAUUUAUUUCAUUUCUUCUUCUAAUUAAUGUGGAAAAUGGUGGCAAAGGUGGCUGAAAUGAGUGAUUCCUAGAGUUACAUGUCAGUUUACAGCAUAGGGAUUAAGUUUACAGUAUAAAUACCACUGAAUUGUACAAGGAUUUGAAGUUUCACUGUAACUUUAACAUUUUUGACAAUUUUGUUUUGUUUUCUCCCCCACAGGUGAACGACUGCGUCAUCAGGACAGCGACUGCCAACAAAAAGUAGAAUUAUUUAAAAAAAAAAAACCCUGAGUUUUCUACUUUUUAGGUUCAUCUCAGGUUUCCACGCUGAGUUGGUCAUGACAGUUGCCAUGUGUGAUGGCAUGCCACACAUGGUAAGCUCCACACCUCACCACCCGUUGAUUCACUUUAGUUUAAUUUACA